AUGAAAAGUAUGAUCCUGAAGACAACAACAGAGUUCUUCAAGGGAGAUGGAGUGUUCCGUACGGAUCAUCUCGGCGAAAGCCGAUUGGUUAGUCGAUCAUACCGGCUAUGUAAUGGAUCAUCCCGGUUUGAUAACAUCGGUUCAAUCCAUUGCCAACGGUUAGGCAUAGAAAAUACCGGUUUGCCUCGUGGAACAAAGGCUCGAGCCAUCCUUAGCCCUGUGUCCGAGUCCGAGCCGGCCCCUACCCAAGCUAAAAAGGUGAGUCUUCCAUUUUGA